AUGGGAAGAGGUAGAGUUGAGCUUAAGCGCAUCGAGAACAAGAUCAACAGACAGGUAACCUUCUCCAAGCGUAGGAAUGGCAUCAUGAAAAAAGCUUACGAGCUCUCUGUUCUCUGCGAUGCUGAAAUUGCUCUCAUCAUCUUCUCCAGCCGCGGUAAACUCUUUGAGUUCGGCAGCCCCGAUAUAACAAAAACGUUAGAGCGCUAUCAACGAUGCACUUUUACACCUCAAACUAUCCAUCCGAAUGAUCAUGAAACACUGAACUGGUAUCAAGAAUUAUCAAAGCUGAAGGCAAAAUAUGAAUCUCUGCAGCGUUCCCAGAGGCAUCUGCUUGGGGAAGACCUAGAUAUGCUGAGUUUGAAGGAAUUGCAGCAACUGGAAAGACAACUUGAAUCAUCGUUAUCUCAUGCAAGGCAAAAGAGGACUCAGAUCAUGUUGAAUCAGAUGGAAGAGUUAAAGAAAAAGGAGCGUCAUCUGGGUGAUAUUAACAAGCAGCUUAAACAUAAGCUUGGAGCAGAUGGUGGAUCGAUGAGGCCUCUCCAGGGCUCCUGGCGGUCUGAUGCUGGAGCUAGUAUCGAUGCUUUCCCUAAUCAUUCCAGCAACAUGGACACCGAACCCACUCUUCAAAUUGGGAGGUACCAUCAGUAUGUUCCUUCCGAAGCAACUAUUCCGAGGAGUAGUGGAGCUGGAAAUGGUUUCAUGUCAGGAUGGGCUGUUUAA